AUGAGUGGUCCAUUGUCAUCGAGUAAUUCAUUCUUCUAUUUAUGUGGCGAUUGGCUUGAGGAAAUAAACGAUCGAGGAUUAGUAUUGCAAAUGAAAAAUGAACUUAAUAAUUUCACUUCAACAAUCAUUUUUCAUCCUUAUUAUUACUACGCUUCCGAUUUCUUUUUCGACUCAAGCGUAAUAACUAAUGAGAUAAAAUGUUUGGAUUUGACAUAUUUAAUGGAACAACGAUUUCGAUAUACACAUAUUCGAGAUGACUUAGAAUUACCGCAUCUUGCAAGUAAACUUCGACGAAAAUGUGGAAAUUGUUUGAGGAAAAUGAAAGGAGAUUCAGAAGACGAAGCAAAAAAUGAUAAUGCUGUUCAAACUGAAACUCAGGUGGAAGGGAAUAAUACAUCACAAAUGGUAGAAACAGAAAACAGAGAUGGCACUCAAAUUGAAACUCAGACAGAACCUAAUAAUGUAACAGAAACGGUAGCUUCGGGUGAAGAUACGGUUACUGGAACUGAAACUCGAAUGGAAUAUGGUAGAACGUCACAAACGAUAGCUUCAGGUGAAGGUACGAAGAGUAGAGAUGUUACUGGAACUGAAGCUCAAGGUAUGUCACAAACGAUAGCUUCAGGUAGAGGUACGAAGAGUAGAGAUGUUACUGGAACUGAAGCUCAAGGUAUGUCACAAACGAUAGCUUCAGGUAGAGGUACGAAUAGCAGAGGUGUUACCGGAACUGAAGCUCAAGGUAUGUCACAAACGAUAACUUCAGGUAGAGGUACGAAGAGUAGAGAUGUUACUGGAACUGAAGCUCAAGGUAUGUCACAAACGAUAACUUCAGGUAGAGGUACGAAGAGUAGAGAUGUUACUGGAACUGAAGCUCAAGGUAUGUCACAAACGAUAGCUUCAGGUAGAGGUACGAAGAGUAGAGAUGUUACUGGAACUGAAGCUCAAGGUAUGUCACAAACGAUAACUUCAGGUAGAGGUACGAAGAGUAGAGAUGUUACUGGAACUGAAGCUCAAGGUAUGUCACAAACGAUAACUUCAGGUAGAGGUACAAAGAGUAGAGAUGUUACUGGAACUGAAGCUCAAGGUAUGUCACAAACGAUAGCUUCAGGUAGAGGUACGAAGAGUAGAGAUGUUACUGGAACUGAAGCUCAAGGUAUGUCACAAACGAUAGCUUCAGGUAGAGGUACGAAGAGUAGAGAUGUUACUGGAACUGAAGCUCAAGGUAUGUCACAAACGAUAACUUCAGGUAGAGGUACAAAGAGUAGAGAUGUUACUGGAACUGAAGCUCAAGGUAUGUCACAAACGAUAGCUUCAGGUAGAGGUACGAAGAGUAGAGAUGUUACUGGAACUGAAGCUCAAGGUAUGUCACAAACGAUAGCUUCAGGUAGAGGUACGAAGAGUAGAGAUGUUACUGGAACUGAAGCUCAAGGUAUGUCACAAACGAUAACUUCAGGUAGAGGUACGAAGAGUAGAGAUGUUACUGGAACUGAAGCUCAAGGUAUGUCACAAACGAUAACUUCAGGUAGAGGUACGAAGAGUAGAGAUGUUACUGGAACUGAAGCUCAAGGUAUGUCACAAACGACAGAUUCAAGUGAAGAUACGGGUACUGAAACUGAAGUUCAGGAAAAGUUCAAUGAUGCAUCGCAAAUAGCUGAUUCUGAAAGACCUGAACAGGAAACAUCUGAGAGCCAAGAAGAGAAAAAAGAGCCAAAAAAGAAGAAGAAAUGUAAAAAUUUGCAAGUGUUGAAGCGCUGUUGGUUCAGACGUGAUCAAAGUCCGCCACCAAAAGAUGAAAUGGAAGAACAUUUGAAUGAAAUACGAAUGCGAACACGGAAAGAAAUACACACAUUAUUAUAUCUUAACAGUGCUGUGCAAGAAAGAAAGAUUAAAUUAAUGAGAAGGUAUGCAGCAAUGUUAGAUGAGAAAUCUCAGGAAAAAUGGAACAAAUUUAUAAAUAUGAUUGAUACUGAAUAUGCAGGUAUAAUGAAUCAACCAACAGAAUAUAAUGCUAAUAACUUAUUGGAACGCUUGAGAGAAAAUCCAGAAUUAAUGGAAGCUAUAGAUAAAAUUAAACCUGACAAAAUUACACUUACGACAAUUAGGGAAGAAUCCUUUGAAAUUGCUACAAGAAUUGAAAGACAAUUCUUCAGUCUCAUACCGGGAGUUCCUGGUUUGACUGCUUACAGAAAUGCAAUGAUUUGUGAAAUAGCAAAAGAUGAAUCAGUUACAAUUACUGUAUAG